AUGCGAACAUUUCUCUCAAUAGCCGCAUAUGGCCUCUUCUUAUCCGAGAUUCUAGCAUGCCCGGACCACUUACAUCACGAAGAAGACCGUCUGAGGAAACGUGCAGAGCCCGGUGGAAAUGUUACAUGGGCGUACGAGGCUAGUUAUGAUUGGGGUCGGUUAUCAGACAGCUUCGAACUCUGUCAAAUCGGCACCCAGCAAUCCCCAAUCCCACUAUCCCUAACCCAAGGCCUCUCCUUGAACCAUCGUCCCUACUUUCAUUAUUCCGACACUUACAACGCUUCCUUGCACAACUGGGGUUAUGGUCCAGCUGUGACCCUCGCCCACCCCAAAGAUGAUUUCUCUCAAUUACCUCAUUUCACAUUUGAAGAAGAAAGUGGCAUGAACGAGACAGUCUACCUCACAGGCUGGCACAUCCACGCCCCAGCGGACCACUCCGUAUCCGGCGACCGUAGUAAAGCAGAACUCCACCUGGUCCACGUCAGCUCCACUGGAAAACCACGUGCUGUAGUCGCAAUCCGCAUCGACCCGGGAAAUACAGUUUCUCCAUUCUUUUCGCAUCUGCCGCCGCUUAUUAGGUUCAAGGAUACGGAAACCCGGGUUCCAAUCGAAAAUUUCAACCCUGUACUAGCAUUGGCUGAAGUUAACUUUUUGAACGAGUUCUGGACUUAUAGAGGUAGUUUGACGAGUCCUCCGUGUUCGGAGGGUAUCAGAUGGUUUGUGGCUAGGAAUAUUUUAUUCGUUGGGGUUAAGCAGAUGCAGGAGAUUUUGUUCAAUAGCAUUUAUUCGGCGAGACAGGAGCAAGAGGUUUGGUUACAUCAGAUUAAUGUGUAG